AUGGAAAUUCUUCAAAACAAUGCUAGUCGUACUUAUUGUAUUUCAAUGUGCCUUCAUGAUAAAUCUAUAUUUUGCUAUGGUAAUUAUCCUGCAACAGCAUUUAUAUUAAACCCAGAUAGCACUAUUAAAAAGCUUUCAGAUGGAGAUCCCCCAUCAAGCAUGGGUGCUGUGUAUCAUGAUGGCUUUAUUUGCUUAUUUGGAGGAUGAACCGCUGCAGGCAAUACAGCAGCAAAAUAUAAGCUAUCAACUGAUACGUGGCAUUACCUAAAGAGCAAUUUGCUUCGUGCUUUGGCAUAAAGUUUUUCCAUAUUGAGUAAAGUAUUAUGUAGUUCUUAAUUUAUUAAAAUGUUGAUAUAAGGAAAAAAUUUUAGUAGAGAAUAUAAAAUUUGCUCUCUGAAUGAAGCUCUGCGCAACGUUUCAUGUAUUGUAGGAAAUUAUGGAAUCGCAUUUGUUGGCUAUGAAAAUAGCAAACUAUAUUUAUAUAAUCAUGCUCAAGAUAUUUAUAAUGAAAUUUAUCUCAACUUUGCAGCUAAAACUUUCAAAGUCUUGCUCCAAGCAGAAAAUCGAGUAUUUUUAAUCGAUUCCGCAAAAAAUAUAUAUAAAGUGAGCCAAAUCAGCUAA